AUGGCUGUCUUGAGCCUCACAAUCGGCCGGUGCGAGAGCCGCAUCCGCGUCCUGAAGCGGCCUCCCUUUGUGAUACCGGAAGUGAGCGAGCUGAACAGCUGA